AUGGCUAUCCCUUCGAGCUCGUCUUCAGUUGCUACAAGCAACGUGAACUCGGAAAUCAAAGACAAAGAGCGCCCCACAACGAAGCCUCGCCACUAUGGCUACGACAACUGCAAAUUGAUUUUCAUGUUGCUAGUUGUCCUCUGGCACACGGCUCACUUUAACAUUCUAGAAGCAUCGCUGCUUUGGAGCGCUUCAGUCACCGGAGCAAACGACACGGAAGCUUCGAGUCAUUGGUGGGAUCGAGUGAGCAACGGACAGCUCUCGCACCAUUUCCUGUGGACACCUUUCGUAUCACACUGUGUGGCCCGCUAUUGGCUAUGGACCGAGAAACUUGCGGUCCCAGGCUUUGCCUUUCUGUCGGGUUAUUUUGGUAAGAGCUUUCUUCAGACAAGUUCAAUCGAUAGAGGCGGGGACGCAGUUGAGCAACUGACAUCUCUACAAGUUGGGCAGCGGAAAGAACGAGUUCGCUGGGAGAGGACUAUUUCAACAUUGCUGCUUGGGCCUCUCCUUUGGCAAGCAUUGUCUUGGUUCGUUGGCGGCCUUGUCUCCAGCAUCUACUAUGGAGCCUGGUCCUUUGCAGCCAACGACCAGCUAGAACUUUGGGACUACCUUGGGUCAUGGUACCUCUUUGCAUUGCUCCUGUGGCGUGUUUGGACAUCUAUCUUCCUGUCCAAGCUGAGACAAGAUCGCCAGUUCCCGCUGCUGGUGUCAAUUAUUUUGGCCGUUCUUUCGGCCCACACUAAUCGAGGUGGUCCCCAAGAGAUGAGAAUGCGUCUAUUCUAUUUCUUCCCGUAUUACGUUGCUGGGCUGUAUUGCACUGAAGAAACUUGGAACACCUUGAUCCGUCAGAGCUGUAGGAUAGGUGGUGUCAAGUCGAAACAAGUGGACCGUUGCAGCAGGUUUCUGGGCGGUUUGGGAAUCAUUCUUACCCUCCUCAUUUGCCAAGUUGUGCCAAGAGAACAUUUGGGUUGGAAAUACACUAUUGACACCUACGCCCUGCAGCCUCAUCUUGUCUUUCUAUUCCAGUAUCUUCUGGCGGGGGCUGCAGUUGUGUCGGUGAUCCUGGUCGUCAAGACUGUUCGGGUGCCUCUCUUUCCCUUUGGUCACAGCAACUCCACAUUGGCAAUCUAUGAAGCCCAUUGGCCUGUCGCCAACUUGUUGGCUUGGGGUACCCUGCCAUACACGGCCAUCUCAACUACAAAUACGUCCGCUAUCCAGUGGUGUUUCUCCGAUUUGUCACCAGUCCCAACUUUGCUAUGUGUUCACCUUAUUUGCUACCUGAUAUGCGUUGCAUUGGGAAGCCGCCUAAUGUGGGAUAGGCUGUUGCGCCAUGCAUGUGACCCACAAUGGAUCUGUCGCUGGCUGUUUCAGCCUCAAGAGCAGGCUGAAUCUUACUCCCCUGCCCCCCCUGGCUCAUCUAUCAAAAAGCUUUCUCCUCCUCAUUUGGUUUGA